CCCCUGGAUUGUCAGACGGCGGGCGUCUGCCUCUGAAGUUAGCCGUGAUUUCCUCUAGAGCCCGGCCUUAUCUCCGGCUGCACGUUGCCUGUGGGUGACUAAUGACACAAUAACAUUGUCUAGGGCUGGAAUAAAGUCGGAGCUGUUUACCCCCACUCUAUAGGGGUUCAAUAUAAAAAGCCGUCCCAGAGCCGUCCGAGUCAGACGCGUUCCUGCACCGGCGCUGUGAGCCUGACUCGCUCUGGCGCUGCAGUCCUCGCGCACCGCCUCCCCGGCUGCCCGCGACGCUUUCGCUCGGGUGAAAGGGCCACUUGCUGAGGACCGGGCUGAGAUCUCAAUUACCAGAGGCGAUCCGAGCGAUCAGACGCCGUCCACUUCGUUUUGCAUUGAGUUCCAUUUGCAACCGAGUUUUUUUUUUUUUCCUUCCUCUUCUUCUUUUGAUCCCUUUGCAGAAUGGAUUAUUUUCCCGUGAUCUUCUCGCUGCUGUUUGUGGCUUUCCAAGGAGCUCCAGAAACAGCUGUCUUGGGAGCAGAGCUCAGCACCCGAGCUGAGAAUGGAGGGGAGAGCCCCCCUCCCAGCACACCCUGGAGACACCGAAGGUCCAAGCGUUGCUCCUGUUCCUCCUUGAUGGACAAGGAGUGUGUCUACUUCUGCCACUUGGACAUCAUCUGGGUCAACACUCCCGAGCGUGUUGUUCCAUAUGGCCUGGGAAGCUCUUCCCGGUCCAAGCGUUCCUUGAAGGACUUACUUUCCACAAAGGCCACAGACAACGGGAACAGAUGUCAAUGCGCUGACCAGAAGGACAAGAAGUGCUGGAAUUUCUGUCAAGCAGGAAAAGACCUCAGAGCCCAAAAUACCAUGCAGAAAGGCUUAGAAGACUUCAAGAAAAGAAGAGCCUGUUCGAAGCUAGGAAAGAAGUGUAUCUAUCAGCAGCUGGUGGAAGGAAGGAAAAUAAGAAGGUUGGAGGCCAUCAGCAAUAGCAUCAGGACAUCUUUUCGUGUUGCAAAGUUGAAAGCCGAGCUCUAUAGAGACCAGAAGUUGACCCACAACAGAACACACUGACUACGGAGCUUUUCUGGAUUUUGGAAGCUAUCACUUCCAUAGAGCAAGCCCAUGACCAACUAACUCUGCACUCUCCACGCUGGCUGGGUUCUCAGCAAGAGCAUCCGUCCUGCUUCUACAAUUUCUUAUUUCAGACUGGCAGAGGAGGUCCAGCAUCCUCGUUCCAAACAUUCCAAGAAAAGUUUGAGCUGUCCCCUAACCUGCCUUCUUUCGCUUCUGCCAGUAGUGACUGCUUUUCGCCCCUUCUUGCUGUUUGGGGAUGCCAGUGGACCUCUCAGGGAGCGGAGACAUGAUAACAUUCUAAGGUGGCAUCGUCCAGAGAGGAAGGAGAUUCCACACCAGGGUGGAGUUUCUGCAGAAAGUCCCUCGGGAGUGUUUGUGUCUGACUCAGGCGCCUGGCACAUUUCAGGGAGAAACUCCAAAGUCCAUGCAAAAAUUUUCUGAAGAAUGCACAAAUUGAAAACAUACUCGAAGGACAAAACACUUGAGUUUAAAAAAAAAAAGUAAAAAAAAAAUCAAAACACAAAAAAGGACAAAGGCUUUUUUUUUAAGUUGUAGAAUGCAAAACUCAAAGCAACUGUUACUACUGUACAUUGGGCUGUGUUUCAUGAAUAUGCGUCUACCUCACCAUACUGCAAUGUCAUGUAUAUUCCCCACCUUUAAUUAUUGCCUCCCUCUGUUCUCUCCUCUCUGGUCACCAGGCUCCCCAGCCCCUAUACUGAAUCCUCGCCUCAUAGGAGCCUAGUCCAGUGUGUCAGUCAGCGGUAGAUGAAACAUUUCUAUGCUAAUCUGCUAACCCUGGUCUAUGAGAGAAAGGAUGACGAAAUCCGGCCCCUGCCCUUGACCUUGGGAAACACGAUGGUGUAGAGUUGUUUGUGAAAGGUCUUGAAAGUCGGCUGUGCUGUAGAGCCGUUAAAGUUUGUUCCUGUAUGUAACUGGCUAAUGGAAAAGGUUAGAUUGAAUAUUGAUGUACUUAUUUUUUUAUAGAUAUUUAUAUUCAAACGAUUUAUUCCUUAUAUUUACCAUGUUGAAUAUUUGUCUGGGCAGGCCAUAUUGGUCUAUGUAUUUUUUUAAAAUGUAUUUCUGAAUGAAAUUGAGAACAUGCUUUGUUUUGCCUGUCAAGGUAAUGAUUCUAGAAAAUAAAUAUUUUUCCCUACUGUA